AUGGCCAAAGGUAAGAAGAAAGCAGGAAAGGCGAGUGGCACGCCAAAAAAGCCUGCAGAGCCAGAGCUUGUCGACAGCGAAACUAAAACGACAUCUGACUCGAUACUUGAAGACCAGGCUUCAAACAUGGAAGAAGUCCUCGACGAUGAACCUGGGGCCUCAAUUGAGGAUGACAAUAAACAAUUGAACGGUGAAAUAUUGCGGUUGCAGAAAGAGAUCGCAGAAUUAAGAGUGCAAGUUCAGUCUCAGCCAGAGACCAACGGUGCAGACGAAAACCUGAGUGCUAAACUCGCACAGGUUCAAGAGGAACGAGAUCACUUUGAGCACCAGUACGACUCGCUUUUGGAUCGACUGUCGUCCAUGAAGUCUGUGUUCAGCAAAAUGCGAGAGUCGCAGGAGGAGCUAGACUCGUGCCAAGAACAAUUACGAGAAUAUGAGUCUCAAAACUUGAGCUUGAGAAACAAAGUCGAUUCAACGAAACGCGAAAAUGAGGAGCUUCGUACUUUGACUGGAACGCUUAAUCAAGAGCUUUCCGGACUUGACGCCGAAAAUGAGAAAUUGUCCCACAAGUGCUCUGAAGCUGAGGACCAAAAUACGAUCUUUGCAGAAGACAUUGAUCGGCUAAAAAGAGAUCAUCAGAGGGAAAAAGAGCAAUUAGUAGCUGAAAAUGAGGAACUGGAGCUUGUGCUUAACAACCUAAAACACGAUUCCACCGUCACAAAAGAAGAACUCGAGGAUACCACUCAACGUUUACAGAAGAUCGAGCUUGCAAAGACGAAGAUAGAGAAGGAGCUCGCGGACCUGAAAACCCAAUUCGAGCAGGAACAACUGGAAAACGUCAGAAAUGGCACUGAAAAAGACAAUUUGAUCCAAGAACUCACAACCAAACUGGAGGAGGCCCAACAAUCUAACGAAAAAACCCAGCAGGAAUUAGCAACAUCACAGUCGCAGGCCGCUGCCAUGAAAAACGACGUCUCGCAGAAGGAAGCAUUGCAGCAAGAAUGCAAGGAAAAGGUCCUGCAGAUCGGGAAACUGCGUCACGAAGCCAUCAUACUGAACGAGCAUUUAACUAAGGCCUUGGCCAUGCUCAAGAAAAGCAGCGACUCUGAAAACGUCGACAAAGAGCUCAUCUCAAACCUGUUAAUCUCCUUUGUGUCGAUUCCGCGCGCAGAUCCCAAAAAAUUCGAGGUCUUGGAGCUCAUUUCCAGUUUUUUGAACUGGGACGAUGACAAAAAACAACAGGCAGGUCUCAUCCAUUCUGCAAAUGGCACAAAGCCUGCAAGCGGAGGCUCAAGAACCCAGAAUUUCGUCUCACUGUGGACAGAAUUCCUCGAAAAAGAGAGCGAAAAAUGA